UCCUACAUAAAUUCCACCCAUCUGAUCGUCCUACGCCGCCCUCUCGCCGCCGCCGCUGCCGCCGCAGGUGCUCGAGCUCCUCGCCGCCCGCGGGCUCGCGCUGCCGCAGCGCAACCAUGAAGAUAGAGAAAGCAAAUGCGGGGGUCCUCACAAACUUCGAAGUUCUUGACUUCUUGCGAUCAAGAGGUGCCAAAACCGACCCCAUGGGAUGUUUGGGGGCUGUUGCUGCAUCAGAGUGUAAAGUGUACGAGUACCUCUUAAAAACUCCCGCUUGCAACCAGACAAGGGAAUCAAUUUAUGACUUUGUCAAGAGAAGUGAGAAUUUCAAGCUUGCAGAGGCUGAUAAGCUAAAUGUGAUCAACUGGAGACCAUCCUCAGCUGCUGAUGUUUAUGCGAUGAUAGAAGAAUGUGGGAGACGAUUUUCGAGGGACGAACGAGGAGAAGCAUGUGACGAAGACGAACGAGUCCAGGAAUUUUUGGAGAUAGUUAAGGAGGUUUUGCCACCACCCCCUCCAAAGGCAGAAGUGAUGCGGGACUGAAUGUGGUGUAAACUAACGUAUUUGAGAGUCAGAUUGUCAGCAUGAAAUAGAAAUGUUAAAUUCUGCUUGUAUCCCUGUAGCUUAUAUGGUAUAUAUGUUCUAGAGCAAAAGCUCUUAGAGAUUUGGCAAAAGACCAUCUUGUCUGAGAAGUGAGAUAUUCAUGUUUGAAACGACAAUUAACACCUGAGCCACCGAGGGAGUUCAAAUUGAUAUGAUCAUGUCCCUUGUUC